GUGUUUGGUUUCCGCGCCGCGCCGAGCUGAGCCGACAUGGAAACAACAAGCAGCACCAGCAGCGACAGUAAACCAGACGAGCAGCAGACAGAUGAGGGAAUGGAUGCGGACAGGUCCAUGUCGAGGUCCGACAGGUAAAGAUGUUCAAGGAGAACGUCUAAGGCACGAAACAGUGAACUGUGGAGGAAUAAACCACGAAACGAGCUCGUUUUUGUGAGCUAACACCGCUAGCUGGCUAGCUUUUACUGUCAUACCCACGCAUUGUGUUCGAGUGGUCUCAGUACACAUGGAAUAGGGGAUGGUUUUAAAGCACUUUGAGGAAAUGAUGAGGGGAUAUUUUUAAGCUCAAAUACGUAUAUGACUGAAUUUCGUUAGCAGUGUUAUUCCUUGCUUUCGUUGUGUUAACAGUAACACUUGCUCAUUCACUGACACGUAGCUCUAAUGACGCUCAGGAUGUGCAGGGACCAGGUUUCUGCUCAUCUGUCUGUAGACCUGUGAACGUGUCCGUGUGAACCGGGAUGUCAUGCAACUGAUCCCAAAGCUGUCCUUUAAGGUUGUUUUUGAUAUAAGACCAUGAUAUUCAUCUUUAGAGGGGCUCCUUUUGCAUAAUUUACUGCACCAGUGUGACGUGUCCUUGAGGUGAUCAGUCUGUCUCAGUGGGGUCUUAUUGAAGUCCACGUCUCUCUAAAAUGCCCUUCAGCCCCUCUGUGUUGUUGCUCUGGUGUCUUUCAUCUUCUCCUUGAUGAUACUCCAGAGGUCCUCUGUGGGGUUCAGGUCAGAGCAGUUGAUUGGCCGAUCAAGCUCAGCAAUAUCAUGGUCAGCAAACCAGGUUCUGGUGGUUUUGGCGCUGUGGGCAGGUGCCAAAGAAAACCUGUAUCUCCAUUAGGGCUGCACGAUGUGGGAAAAAGUUUAUCACAAUAUUUUUUUUUCAUGUCAGUUGAUAUCGAUGUAUAUUGUGAUAUAAAAAAUGAAAUUAAACAGUGUUUAUUGGUACCAUGUCUUUUACAAUACAAUAAGCUUCUGCAUCUAUGAGGUCUUUGUGUCUCUUCAACAUUUUGUCAUAAGGAGUUGCGCUACAGAGAGCAAUUGGCGUGCUCUGCCGCAUGGCACUGCUUCAGGUGGUGAAAAAGAUUUGAGGUAUUCCCCGACUUUGUGAGAACAUGUUCUCGACAUAAUUUGCAGUGCACACCACUCUGCUUUAGGGUUGGGUAUUGUGAAUCGAGCAGCGAUGGGGACCGGGACUAACAUUUAGAUUCUCACUGAAUCGUUCAAAUUUUAAAAUUUCGAUUCCAAGUUUUGAUGCCGGAGUCUGCCGACCGGAAGAAAUAGCUGCCAAACACCAAUGAGGAAGACGCGCUAAACACCAACGAGGCCUAUAUCUGCAUUUUUGACGGAAAAACACCCUCUGCCUCAUUUUCUAUUUAGCUCUGUCGGCUUCAUGUGUUAAAGUGCUAUGGUUGCGUGUAGCUGCAGCCAGUUGUUUGCUACUUGGUUCUAAUUCAGCACGAUUGAUUCAGCGCAAAGCAGAUCCGGAGAAACUCCCCUUUUCAUUGGCUAUUUGUAUCAUCUACCAAAACAUGCUGACUAUUGAAAAGGAUAUUGCCAUGUUUUAUAUCGAUAUUGAGGGAAAUUAAUUUUCGAUAUAUAUUGUUAUCAUUUUAUCGCCCAGCCCUAAUUUCCAUUCUCUCCAAUGUAAGAAAAUCUAAGUAAACUACAUGAAAACCUUCACUGUAAAUGCAACAAAUAUGACAGAAUAUGUGAGAAUUUACUGUUUUGAUUUCAUUUAUGGCAGAAAAAAAACUCAUUGUGGAUUAUCAGGACUCUCUGAGGUGCAGCCAAAUGAUGACAGCCUUACUCAUGUGAAUGUUGACCCCACUCUGUUCCAUGCUGCGUUCAGGGGCAGCGGUGUGAUUUCCUGGGAAGGGUUUGGUUAGUUCUUCCUCCCUUCCCCUCAGCCACACCGACAGCAUCACUGUAGAGAGAAGAGAGAUGGACUCUGGAGAGCUCUGACCACCUCUCAUAUCUCUGCAGGACAAUGGAGCAUCUGCAGACCCACAGAAGUUGAAAGUUUUUAAACUUUUCUGAGCCUGCAGAUACUACAGAAGGACUUAAAUGCCUGUAUCUGAGCCGCAGCAGGGGGGCAACUAUGAGCUGAUGAGGCAUCUCUGAUGGCAGCCAGUAUUUACAGAGUAUUCAACACAUACAAGUAGAGCUGGGCAGUAAACCCAGAAUUUACAGAUACCGAAAUUUACGACAAUAACCAACGUCAUUUUGCCCAUGUCAGUGUAUUUGGUGUGAAAAAAAAAAAUAAAAGUUAGUUUUGGAUGUGUGUAGGCAGGCUAUGGUCUAAUGUCCCUUUUAAGACGCUGUCCUACAUCAGAGACGUGACUCCACACCUGAUUCAAAUGAUCAGCUUGUUAUCAAGCUCUGUAAUGGCUUACUAACGAGCUGAUCAUUUAAAUCAGGUGUGUUGGAGCAGGGAAACAUCCAAAACAUGCAGGACAGUGGACCUUGAGGACUGGACUUGAGAACCACUGGUCUUGAGGGACAUCUUGUGUGUAAAAUCCUUAAUUAGGUAGCCACUGCCACAUUUUGAUGGCACAUAUUGUCAGUGCAACCACAUUUUAAAGAGUUAGCUUUUCCAGAUUUUUAAUAUUUAGUGAAUUACUGCAAUUGGGAAUUCACUUUAUGUCAGCAACAGUUAGAGCUGGUCAAAAUAAGAGGGUGGUAAACAAAUGUCAUAGGCCAACUUGACUAAAAGAAGCUCUGAAGUGACAGAAUCUGACCAAUGUUUCAAAGUUUAUGGGUCAUUUAGAUGUUGAAGGCACAAGAAGGAGAGGUAGGGUCUUGGGGUCCUCCUGCAAGACAUUAGGGGUGUCAAACAGCAUGCAGGGGUGGGGCUAACAUGGAUGGACACUUGCCUCAUGCUUGUAUUGACAUAAAGCAGAGGCAAGUGUUAAUCGAGCUAUCGGAAAAGCAGGUUUCAACUUAAAUUCAAAAUACUUUAUUGAAGUCAGGGAUAGAGACAUUAGCUAGUCAUCAAUAAGAGACGAGUCAGCCUCAGACCUCAGAGACCAGGAGCUAAACCCAUGAAAAAAGCCAGUUUGGGGAUACUGAUUCUGCCAUUUGUUGUCCUCUGUCAUUUUCUCCAGUGGGAGUGGAGAGGACUCCCUGGACAGCAUCCCUGACUGUAUCCCCCGGUGCCCUUUGACCCCGUCUCUAUCCCCACAAAAAAGGACUACGAGCCGGUCUAAGACUGAACCUCCUCUGCUGAGGACCAACAAGCGGACCAUCUACACUGCUGGGAGACCCCCCUGGUACAACGUCACCGGGACUACCUUCAAAGAGGCCUUUGUGAUUGGUGAGAGACCGAACAACCAUCUGCGACACCUGUCAGUCCUGUACUGCAGAGAGUUCACACUACAGUCACUUAUUACUGUGUAAAUGUUCCUCAAAGCAUCCAACUCAUUCAACCCCACUUCAGAAUGACUGGAAUAUCCCUUUAAUGCUUUAAAAAGAGACAAAAAUCAAACCUUUCUUUUGUUUUUAUUUUAUUUGUGUGACUUAUAGAUCAAAUCUGGACUCUUGAAGUGUUCAUGAUGACUUUACCGUUUUCACAAUCCUGUCCAUCCACACAGGAAAAUAUCUCUGCAGCAGCUUUAAAUUGAGCCAUACCUGAAAAUGUGUGUGUGUGUGUGUGUGUGUGUGUGUGUGUGUCUGCAUGUGUGUCUGCAUGGGUGUAGUUAGACAUUCGUGAAGCCAGUGUUGUGUAGCUAAACUCUGCAGAUUGGCAUGAGCAGGAGUACACAGAGGGAGAGGUGGACGUUGUCUGUAGCAGGUAAUCUGUUAUUGUCAGCGGACCGCAGUGGCUGCUUACAAUUUCACACUCUACUGUACUGUGGUCGAUGUGGUUCAGGUUCAGGUUGUGUAACUGCAGGGAACUGGAGAGACGGAGCAAGUACAGAGAGAAGAAACCAACCUGCAGGAAAGGUCAAGGAAAGGAAAGAAGAGGAGAGGAAAGAAAAGAAAAGGAAAGGAGAGGAGAAGCUGGCUACAUUGACGUUAACAUACUAUUCCUUUUUUUGAAGUAUGAAGUAAGAAAUAUGGAUAAUGGGGAAAUAUAGCUGACCAAUCAACUUUGCAACAAGGGAUCUAGGGUUUCCACCAUUCUUAGUCAAUGACUUCCAGAGUAUAUUUUUUGCAUGACCUAAAUUAGAUAUGCAAUAUUGUCUUACCAGGAGGAACGGCAUGUAUGUAUUUUCAGCCAACGAGGAAUGCAAACUCAAGCUGGCUGUAUCUGCUGCAGAGAUAGCGGAAGAUGAAUGAUAAAAAGAGGAACAACAGAAGAUAUCCGGGGUUGUUUCCUUUCUCUCCAGCCCAGUUUUAUUGCUAAUAGAAAAGGCAGUUUUAUCUGCUCCAUUCAGUGACCAGGUUUCACUGCACCCAGAAUUGGCCACCACUGCAGAAUCUGAAGAAACACAAUAAAAAGGGUUUUGUUCUUUUAAUGCCCGUUUCUAAGUCAGAAGUGGUUUCAGUAACCUCUGUAGAGCCGUAUAAUCACACAUAGAAAUGAGCAGCUGCUGUGGUUUGUGUGUGUGUGUGUGUCAUCAGCCUCUCAGUCAGCAGUUUUGACCUUGAUGGGUCUUAUCUGAGCACGAAAAAGCCCACUCCAACACUUCACCGAGAGUUGUUUAUAACACAGAAGGAGCUCCGUAGGCUAUUUCUGUUCUUGCACGCACACACACCAAUAAAUACACAACUGUCGGCAGCCCAUGCAUCCCGUUCUUUACCUCUUCAAAAGCCUGCAAGCGUGUAGUUCUGGCCCUCUUCCCGGGAUUCUUAUCCUGAAGGAUUGCCAUUUUGGUCUUUAACCCGGGGAGUCGACUGAGGUGAACCAUGGAUCCAUACUUACUCUUCUUUUUUACAUUGCGGGGACUGAAGCCAGUAUUUCUAACAUUUUUAAGCUUCUGACAGAAACUAAACAUAGUUGCAUCAAUAACUUGUUGUCCCUGGUUGGCCUUUGGUGCAAACCUUUACUCCUGAACAGGAAAAGGCAAAUAAAAAUGACACACAAUUUAGUGAGAAAGUGCUGUCAUGAUAUGAUUACUAUGCAGUGCACCAGCAGGUACAUGAACGGUAUAUUAAAGCACUUUUUUCCGAGAGCGUUCAGUCACCAUCAAGGUUCCUGGGGUCCUGGACAGAAAAUCAAUCAGGAUCAUACAGCCAUCAGAAUCACAUAUAAAAACAAGGAGAGCUUUUCCAGUACCUUCUGCUGGCUUCUACUUUGAAAAAAGUAUAGAUGGAUUCAGACGGGACUGCAAAGAAUAACUGUUUUAAUGAUUAAAUCAACCGGUUGAUGAACCAGAUAAUUAACUGCACGAUUACUAAUGGCUCCUAUUACAAUAACAGCUUUUAAAUCAAACAGUCCUCCUACAAACAUCAUUGAUACUCAAUGUGAGCCAAAGUUUUAUCUUGGCUUAAAACAUCAUACAGCAUAAUUAGGGCUGUACAAUAAUGAUAAAAAAUGAAAUAUUGGUAUUUUAGUGAAUUUUGCUUGUUAAUAAAAAAUUAUGAUAUAUUGCACCCCUAAAAAAUGCAACAACUAAAAAAUUGUCUUGCAUUAGGGCUGGGCGAUAAACUGAAAAUUUACCAAAACCAAAAUAUACGACAAUCACUGAUGUCAUUUUUGCCAUAUCGGUAUAUUUGGUGUGAAAAAAAUAAAUGAAUAAAAGUUGGUUUUGGAUGUGUGUAGGUGGGCUAUGGUCUCAUGUCCCUAUAAGACGCUGUCAGAGACUAACUCCAGUCCAUAACAAAGAGGGAAAGACAGGUGAGGAGAUGGAGUAUGGUUCAAAAGUUGCAGAAACUAGAGCGGCGGCUGAAGUAGUGAGGGACGGAGUGAGCAGCUCGUAGAGUAGUUAUCGUCUAUUUACGCUUAUCGAGGUGAACUGCUCAAUAUAUCGCGAUAUUGAUUUGAGGCCAUAUCGCCCAGCCCUAUCUUGCGUUGUACCAGCUCUCAUUUUAUAUUAGAUGCUGUCAGUGAAAUCAAUCAAAAAUCUUGAUCCCAAAAAAGAGGACACUACUAUGCGGGGCGGAGUCGCGCACAAAAUUUUGAGCCACGCUUUAGAUCAUUUCUGCUACUUUUCAUACUGUCUGCAAUGUUUUUUUCCUCAAAGUCUCUGUUCUUGUUCGUGUAGACUGGUACUUGCGAAACCGUUUUUCAAGGCACCAGGAAGAAAGGAAUCAGUAAGGGAAUCAUUAAGAUAAAAUGUAAACAAGGUCGAUGGAUUGAACCAUUUGAAACCGAUUCUCAACAAGAACCGGUUCUCAAUUCCCAUCCCCAACUUUAACUGAUAUUAGUGCUCAAGUCAAACUCUUAGAAUUAGCUCUAAGAAUUAGUCGACUUGGCUCCAUCUGCAGGAAUCUGUAGCCUAGCUUGCCUGCUGACUCUCCUUGCAGUUUUUCAUGAUAUGGGCUAAGAUGAACAGCAUCCAACCAUCCAGCCAAUUAACUGACAAUUAAACUCAUCUGCAACUAUUGUAAUGAGAUCGAAAAACCCAAAGCUGCUAAUGUUUCUUGACUGCAUUUUGCUCUGUGUUCUGCUCCUGAAGGUUUGUGUGGAGGAAGUGCUUCUGGGAAAACCACAGUGGCCAAUAAGAUCAUUGAAGCGUUAGACGUCCCCUGGGUGGUCCUGCUGUCUAUGGACUCUUUCUACAAGGUAAAGAAUCCAAUUACUGACCGGGUUUAAUGUAAACUGGAGCAAAAAUACGGCCUCUUUUGUAAGUAUUUAUGCAGCAGUGAUUACAGCACAAACGGCUCCAUUAAACAGCUGUAAUCGCUGCUUUAUCUAUUAAAUCAGCUCAGUGGUAUUUCAGGGAACCAUGUCAGCAAUAUAAACCCAGUCUUUGAUUUUUAAUUAAUCAGGUUUUAAUCAAGAAAUGAUUCCCUGUCAGUGGAUAUUAAAUUCAAGCGUAAAAAUCAGAUCCUGGACUCGGUCAUUAGUGCUGAUUUCAGCGCAAUAAGCAAAACCUCCUGACUGGUAAAGACCAGACUCAAUAGCUCAUAUCAGUUAGACCGCCUGCUCCUCUGGGACUGGACUCUGAUUGUUGUCCAGUUUGCUUUCCUCACAGAGUCAUACACGGUCCAUUAUAUCUGCACCUCUCUGUAGAUUGAUCAACCUCGCUGCUGUAAUUGAACAUUAUUGAGUGAGUUUUGCUCUUUCAGGAAAACUCCACUCUGAGGCUUCGCAGUGUCGGGUUAUGCAAGUCGGUGGUGUCGCUAACAGGCCGAUUGCGCAGAUUUUGCAGCUAAAUUUGUGCAAUGAAACAAUUAAAAAACACAAUAACAAACGUAAUAGCUACUGGCAAGUGCAUGUCUUUGGAGAAAGAUUGAAAUUUUGGCCAAAUUUUUGCAGAAAUGUGUGACGGUUUAAACACUAAAUCAAAUAUGGACAGAGAGAGAGAUAGAGAGAGUAGAUAAAAUCCACACUGGAGUCCGUCUCUGAGUUUGAUCCAUGGAGGAAAAUAUGAAGUUUUAUCGGGUUUGAUUAAGAAUGUAAUUACAUUUUUUUUGCUGCACAGUAGAAAGAUCUCCAGAUGUUCAGUCAUCCAUCUCCUGAAGUAGAUUAACCUAGAUUUGAUACAACUACAAAUGAUCAAAUAUUCAUUAAUAUACUAAGAUAUAGUAGAAAGUCAUUGGGCCUAAUUUAUUUUCCCAUUUCUGCUCCACAUAAAAUGUUUUCACUCUCUUCUCUGCUGAUAAAAAGAUUUUAUCUCUCUGUUUGAGAUUGUAAAUAUUCAGUUUUUAUGUACAUUUUCUCUGCCCUUUAUUUCUUCAUCAAAGUGUUGCUUCUGUUGUGAAUAUCUAAAGUGAUCCUGGUUGUAAAAUCUCUUCACUCGAGCUUCAUCUCCUCUGUCAUCUGGUGUUUUAGGUGUUGAAUAAAGACGAGCAGGAGCUCGCAGCCAAAAACGAGUAUAACUUCGACCACCCCGACGCUUUCGACUUCGAGCUGCUGAUCACCGUCCUCAGGAAGCUGAAGAAAGGGAAAAGUGUAAAAGUCCCCGUGUAUGACUUCACAACUCACUGCAGAAGAAAGGAAUGGGUGAGACCGUCACGCUGACUGAACCCUCACUGUGUCUCCUGAUUUUCUUUUCAGCAUGAUUUAUGGUCGGACAAAAAUAGUUGACAUAAAUCUGAAAAACAUAAAGAUUUGACUUAUGCUGUGCCACGUCGCCCUUGACCAAUCACAUCCCCGAAUAAUUUGGGUCCUCUGUUUAUUCAAUUCACCACAUAAAGUAACCGUAGCUGUUACAAAUCACCAAACACCUCCUGGGAUGUUAUGGAGCUGGUGCCAGUGGAGACGCCUGCUAAUUAGCUAAUUAUUAAGGAUUUAGUGAGCAGGACAUUAACCCAAGCAGAGCCCACAAUCCCCCUCCUGAAAGCGCUGUGAAGAAUCAAUCUGGUGUUGUAGUCCUCUGACAACUCCUCUCUAUUUCUUUGCAAUGUAAUUUCAUGGCUGAAAGGCACAACACCACGCAGGAAAUCGCCUAUCAGGACUCGUGCCAGUGAAAUCCUUUUAUAGGCCUUUUGUAGUGGAGUGAAUGUAAUUAAGCCCGAGGCCCCGACCAGGAUGUAUACUCUCUGUGUGUUUAUGUUUGUCUGUUUUAUACAAACCAAAGAGAACGAGGAAGAGAGUGUAGCAGCUCCUUCUUCUUCUUCUUCUCUGCUACAACUAGAGGUCACCUUUUCUCUCCCACCGCUAAAUCGUCUCCUCCCAGAGAACGGGGAAAUGAACGGAUCGAUAAACGCUCGUCUGUUUCUUUAAAAUUCACUUUCCGCUUUUCUCACAUGAACCUCGCCUGAACGCGCGCAGCCUCUCUCCCUUUGCUUCUCUCUCUCUCUGAAUCGAUACCCAAGUGUCCAGUCCAUUGACUUCCGUGUGCAGCUGGUCAGUGGAAGGUAAUAGGAUUGUGACAUACUCAGCACCAUUUUGUCUUUGAUUGAGACAGUGAUUAAUCUCUCUCUCUCUCGCACUCACACACAAACACACACAUGUAUGUCCCUCAGCGGUUAUUUAGAAGUUUCAUGGUGAGGUUUAUCAGAAAACGGUUGUAUAUUCCCUUUACAGUAUAUCAUAAACAAUGAACAACAUAAGAACCCACACAAAACGGCGCUUUAACUUCAGAUGAACUUCUUCUUCUGCUUCUUUUUCGUCAUCAUGGUCAGGUGAAACACUGCAUGCACAUGUUUUGGUUGUAGCUCAUAUUUGUCUUAUUUUCUACCUGUUUCUGACUUAAAUCUUUGCAUGUCUCUCACUCCUACUUGACUUCUUUGUGGAGUUAUUUUUGUUUCUAUUAAACUCACUAAAGUAAGCUCAUCAGUUUGAUUCGUUCUCCUCAGAAAACGGUGUACGGGGCCAAUGUUGUCAUCUUUGAGGGGAUCCUGGCUUUUGCCAACAAGGAACUGCUGAAGGUAAGAAAAACUUCAACAUAUUAUCGCCUCAGGUUGUGCGGUUUAAUGAUGGAUUAUUUGGAUUCAGACUUUUCUCAUUUCCUUCUUUUCUGUUCUGCGUCGGUCCUAAUUAAUGACUCUGUCUCCUCACAGAAGACCAACAGACUGAUUAAUGGUGAACCGCUCUUCUGAUUCACCGCAGAGACGUUAAAUAAGUUAAUUUAUCUGUGUGAAGAAAUGCUUUGUAAGGACGAGGCUGACAGAGGAGUUUUUAUGAAGUAUUACUCAGUCGGUUUUCUUCGCUCACCUUUAAUCUGCUCACUGAUUCUGUACAAAAAUGUUGAAUUAAUUCCUGCAGUUUGGCUCUGGUUGAAAUGCAUGACUAGUUUUUGUUUGUAGUUUGCUUUUACUCCAGGUAAGAUCGACCAAAUAGGCAGGAUUAGUGUUUAGAGCAUGUACAGGUGUAUGGAGAGAAGGCUUGGGUGAUUUGGCAAAAAAAUCACGAUGUAUAAAGCAUCUGUACUAAAAACUAAAGAAACUAGAGAUUUGUUCAACAUUUUAUUAACAUACAAAAUAAAUAACAAAGAAUAAGAUACACUAAGAAAAAUAUAAAAAACAGUUUUAACUCAAGAGUACAACAAAUGUAGAUAAAUACUAAAUAAUACAGUGAACUAGAUUACAGUCCUAAGUAUUUAUGCAGGUAUGCAAGACCCAGAAUAAACAAAUCACCCUCUCAGGGAUAAUGAAGACGAUUUAAAAUCUAAACAUUAGAUGAUGUAAAUUUAGAUGAUAUGAUUGAUUGCUGCUUUGGUCUGGUGGCUGCACUGCUAAUGCUACUUAAGCCGUCAGCAGUGUCAGGCUGUACAGACUCCACUUGCAUUUUAUGCUUUCCGUAUAAUCACACGGGAAGAACUUCUUCAAAUGAUUAAACAGAUCUGUUAUGUUGCUGGUUUUUGAGGGCACCGACUGCCGACAUACCUUGCACAUCGGCUUAUUUACUCUACGUCACUUUGGAGAUACCCGAACCACCACCACACAACCGACAUUGAAGGUUCAUGGUUCAGGUUCAUUGAAGAUUAACAUCUUCGGAGGAUGAGUCAAAGUCACGGCUGACACCUCAGCUUCACCUUUAGCUCCAUGUUCAGUCAUUCUGUUUACUUCCCCUGUUUAUUUCUCCGGCAACUUACAUAACUGAGCAGGAAAAGCUCGAUUGUGGUUGGCUGGUGCGAUGCACAUUUCCGUUAUGUUUGAUUGAGCAAAAAUGCUCACAGCUGAUCACCGUGAUCGAACUGAAUUUUAUCACUAUCAUCAAUCACGAUCAUAUAAUCGCCCAGUCCUAAUGGAGAGCAAAAGCAGGUGGAACAACAUCACAGCUCCCAUGACUCAUUUUUAUCUUUUUUUAAAACAGUUAUCUGUAUGUAAGGUCGUGUUCACACCAAAAGGUCUGUUUUCUGAUACGAACCAAGGCGAGGAUGAUACAUUGAUGAUAGACUGUUGCAAUUUCUCAGCUGGUCCAGCUUGUUCACAAAGGCCAAACUCAAACGGUCCAAACAUUGUCACGUGACGGCAAAAGCUGUUCAGUGAUUGGUUAUACAGUUUAGGCAGGUAGACGACAAAUCCUUCGCGAUUUUUACUGUACAUCAUGAAGCAUUGUCUGCUCAUUUUGAUGUUAGCGCUGAUCUGGACUGCAUAUCAGCAGACUUUAACAGACGGCGCGUAUGAACAGCUGGGAAGACUGCGGUGAUUAAAAAAUUUAUUAAUACACUCACAUCGCAGGAGACGCUCUGCAAUCGGACAGUCAUAUCACAGAAGAGGACAAGCAAUAAUGAGCAAAUCUACCUCUGUUUUUUUUUGAGGCAUGCUUCCUGUGAUUGAUGCGGAUGGGGUUCACACCAGAAUUAAACCGCUCUUGAGUUCACUUGAUAGUGGUCUGAGACCACCCCUACCAGGCAGACCCAAAAGCGGUUGACUGGUCCGCACCAGAGGUCGAGGCCAGUGUUCACACCAACCAAAACGAACCACACCAAGGAGGUAAACACUCAGGGUUCAGUUCAACUGGACCAAACAAGGCUGGUGUGAACGUGACCUGAAAUUAACAAACAGUUCAGACUAGAUCAAACUCUUUAACUUGAGUUUAAAGUUUUCUUGAUGCUGUUUCACUAAAAGCCAAUCAGUGUUUUGAGCUCGAAUUUACAGUGAAACUGAGACUCAGCAGAAACAGAUUACAGACAGGAUUCAACAGACUGAGACAUGACGGUGUUUACUUUGACGUACAUAUCUGGAGGAGGCGGGAACCUAAUCCGCAUAAUAAUUAAUUUAGUGUGGAGCUAAAAUUAAGGUCAUCAGCAGCUUGGAUUUUUGUGUGUGUGACGAGGAGACCGGGUCAGUGAGGGGGAAAUUAAUUCAGCAGACUUUACAGCUGUUGAGGGUGUGAGCUGGUCCGUGGUGAUAAGACUCCAGGCCUCCUGUGAGACCUCAGCUGUGUUGUUGAUUAGCCUCUGAUUCUCCGUAUAACAGCCACUGUCCACUGUGAUUAAUUACGUUUAAAGUCCUUGUGGUUGGAGUUGAUUAUUGCUGCAGAUCUGUUAUGCUAAUGGAGAGGUCCAUGGAGAGGUCUGCUUUGAGGGAGAUGAACAUGUUAGUCACCAGGACAGGGAGAUGAUUUAUCUGUUAAUGAUUGUACAAAACUGCAGAGACCACAGUGGUCGUCGUUGAACCGUUAAAUUUAUCUAUGCAUACCCCCAAAAAGUGAAACCAAAACAGGAGGGGGUAACUUGUUAAAGUAAAGGUCACACUUUCCACCUCUGCUAAGCUAACAGAUAGGACACGUGUCGAACAUUUAGAUCUAAAAAAAAAAAAAAAGGAAAUUUUUCAUUUCAGUAUUGUAGCAGAAAUUAAUAAUAAACACCUUUUUUUUGGUUUUGUUUUAGUGUAAAAUUAAAUAACUAUUUGGUUUCAUGGAAAUGUGUGGUGUUAAAGGACAUCAAAAGUCAGUAUUGACACGAAGAAUAAAGUUUUCAGGGUUUCCAAUGACUUUAAACCUGUAACCAUGAGGCACAAAGAUGUUUAAGUACAUAUUACCCUCAUUUAUAUCGUUUCAUUUCAUGUAAUUUUUUUUCACCCUCUAAUACACACACUUACCAGUUCUUCUUCUCUCAACACACUCCCUGCCCUUUUUGGUCGUGAUUUUGAGCCCAUGCAGGGAAUUCCACUUAAGAGUCUGUUUUUUGUGUAGUCCUGUCCAUGAACCCAAAGAUCAUAGCCGUCCAGUUCCGUCUCGGUUUCUCAGAGUGAUAUUCUGUCCUAUAGAUGAUGAACCCCAAACUUCUUUGUAAUUUAAUUCUCGGAAAUCACUGAACUUUUUCUACACCAAGUCUCUCACAGUGUUAAACCUCUUUCCAUCUUCAAUUUUAGAGACUCAGCCUCUCAGAAAUGCUCUUCUUAUACCCAGGCGUCUUACUAACCUGCCGCAGAAUGAUCUAAUUUUCUCAGAGAUAUCUUUUGAAGUGUGUCACUGGCAUCAAUAUUUUUCAUAAUCCAGUAAACUUUUCAGUGUUAGGAUUUCAUAUGUCGGCUUUGCUCUUGCCACAAUUAAAAGAUUUGUAAAUCCUUAAACUCAACAUUUUAAACAGCCUGCUUUGUGAAAGCAAAAGGUACAAUCCGUCAACAUUUACCCAGCGUGACUAUAAUAAUGCUUGGGUGGCCUGCACAGAUACAAAGUGGUUUUACUGAAAUGUGAAUCAUGCAGCGCCAGUUCAUCCUUUGUAAUUUGGACUAAAUCAGUGGUUCUCAAGUCCAGUCCUUGAGCCCUCCCCCCAACACACCUGAUUCAAAUGAUUAGCUCGUUAUUAAGCCAUUCCAAAGCUUGAUAACGGGCUGAUAAUUUGAAUCAGGUGUGCUGGAGCAGGGAAACAUCCAAAACAUGCAGGGGGGGGGGCUCGAGGACUGGACUUGAGAACCACUGGACUAAAUCUUUUGAAAUCGGCCUUUAAACCGAGAGAUGUAUGUGGAAAGCGUUUGUUAAAGAUAAGGAUCAUCUACUUUUUUUUCUGUUGUGACAAAAAGCCACUUUGUGUGUUCCUGAUGGAGCAGGUUAGGAAAUGAUCUACAGACCCGGCCCUGCUCUCUAACCUUUGGGAUCAACCCACUCCUCAUUCCUCGCCCCACAGUAGGCUGACAGUCGUGCUUAUCCAGCAACAUGCUGUCAUUUGGUCUUUCAGAUUUACAGCAGACUGAAUCCUCUGGCUUGUUGUGCAUCUGAGUUAUACCUUUCACAUCCCUCCGCCAUCAUCAUUUAAAUCACUCACAAACUUCUUUUCAUCUCCGCAGUCGUCGAUAGUUCUUUUGGUGAGCGCCGCUGAGGCCUCUUUUGUUGUUGCGGCUGUGUCGUGAUGCCGCCUCAUUGAUUUUUCCUGGUUUUGCUGAGUUGGGCUUCAGUGUAAUGGAGCUUGCUGGACAGAUGAACGGCUGACUGACUCUGGAAAGCGACAAAGAUAACUAAUGUCUCUUCGGUUUACACUUUUGAUCCCUCAACCCGUCCUAACCUCAGACGUCACAUCUCGGCUGUAAAAAUGUCAAAUCAUGGAAGCAACUCUGAAAAUAUUUCUUCAGUGUGCAGCAAAGCAGCACAGCCUCCAUUUUUUUUAGUCUUUCCUGAAGUCUCCCUCAGUCCAACACACAUCGUACGUUUAGUUCAGUGUUGAUUAUCUAGACCAGGCCACAGAAACGCAGCUGAGUUCAUACAUUAAUGAGUAAAUACAGCUAACACGCUCAAUUUAUCCUUUCAGCUGCUAGACAUGAAAGUGUUUGUGGACACUGACUCCGACAUCCGCCUGAUACGGAGGCUGAAGAGGGACAUUUCCCAGCGUGGGCGGGACAUCAGCGGCAUCAUCAAACAGUACAACAAGUUUGUAAAGCCGGCGUUCGAGCAGUACAUCGAGCCCACGGUGCAGUCUGCUGACAUCGUGGUGCCGAGAGGUGUGAAACUCAUCCUCCUCCUUUUUCUAAUUUCCUGUUAUUUAAACUCAUUUUCAUCCAUCAGAAGUUUCCCCUUCAGUGUUCAGAUAUUUUGUUUUGUUUUCUCAGGUGGAGAAAACUUUGUAGCGCUGGAUUUGAUUGUCCAGCAUGUUCACAGUCAGCUGGAGAAGGUGAGAGUUUCUCUGCUUGUUUUUGUUUCUUUUCUUCCCGUUCAAGCCCAAACUGAGUCAGCUUGUUUUUUUGCUUUUUCCCCCUUUUAUAUAUUCUGAUCCUUUGUUGGACCAGUGUGUGUUUUGUUUUCUUGAAAAUGUUUUCCCCAAACCUCAGCCUGUAAACUUCACUCUCUACUUUUGUGAGGAAGGAGUAUUUCAGAGGAGAAUCUGGGUUUUUUUGCCUCCUUUUCAUUAGUUUUUCCCAAACCUAGAAAAAAAAGUCAAACACACCUAAAGAAAAAACACACGACACUUUGAAAGCAAAAAUAGCAGGGGAAUUUCUGGUAAAAUUUCAGUGUCCUGUACAGUUUGUCUCUGAACACCUGCCUUCACUGCUGGUCAAACAACGUCAGUGUAAUCUCCUCAGAUCAAACCGUUUAGCUUCAAAUUGUUACGACUAGACCCAGAAUUUAAAGCUCCUGUCAGAGUUUUUAGCUCUUAAUUAAAAGACUAAAAUGACAUCUGGUGCUUUUUUAUGACCUUUUAAACCAAAGAAGACCAUCAACAACAAGUUUGAAAAUUUGUAUAUUGUAUUUUUUGAUGCGUAGAACCGUUGAAGCAGGGUAGGUGAAAACAAAGUGAGUGACAGCACAUGUAGAAAUGACACAAUUUUUGUUUAGUAAAAAUCACAACCAACAAAUAAAGAGCAAAGACAUUAGAGCUUUGGACUUAAGGGGCACCAAAACCAGCACAGAAAGUUCUUGAUAGGUGCUUUAAAACAUAACUUUUUUUUUUAAUCUUAAAGGAAGAUGCAGAAUCAGAUUAGAGUUGUAUAAGAGUGGCAUUACAGAGCAUCGAAAUUACGCAAAAACAUUGUUUUAAAGCCACUUAUAUUGAAGUUGGUUUUAAAGCUCCUGUGAGGAGUUUUUAAUUGGUGAUUAAAAAAACACUGAAACUCACACUGAUGCCUCUUUAUGACCCACAAAGUCAGUUGAGACCAUCAGCAACAAGAUCCACCAUCUUUGUAUCCAAGUUUUUAAUGCCUGUAGCUUUUGUGAGACGGUGAGUGUCAGACGAGAUGAUUGACAGCACAUGCGGAAACAGCUAUCCACUACUUUUUCGUGACUAAUAUUUAUGAUGACUGAUAUAUUUUCACUGUUAAAGGCAGAUAAGAUGAUAUAGAAAAGUCUACAAAGGCAGAAGAGGGAUAACUUUGUCCACAGGGGGCGCCAAAGUCACUCACAGGAGCUUUAAAACAGUAGCAUUUACCAUUCUGUAGGUUAUGAUACUAGACGGUGCAAACACAUAACUAAUGCAGCGAUAACACCGGGUGUUGUAAAUGUAAUGGUACAUGAGAGUGAGUUAAAGGUUUUAUUGGCCUGUUAGUUACAGAAUAUCGCAGACUAAAGUGAAGAUUAAAGAGGAAAUCUGGGAAUAAAUCUGCACCCUGAGCUGCGGUUUUCCUCCAAAUCCUGAAAGAAUCUCAAAGAAACAUAACAUGAAUACUUUGGUAGUUUUUAAUUCUGUCAUUUAUAAAAUUUUCAAGUCCCCCUCGGUCUCAUUGUCCCCAUUUCCACCCUUCUAAAAGCUGGUGAACCAAUAAAGAACAAGGUCCAGUUACCUGAGACAAACGACCGCAUAAAAACCUGGACAGGUGUCUUCUAUCUUCCCUUGCUUCACUGUACUGUCAGGCACUUUAUGAGCUGUACCAAACUAUAAUCUGCUCCGCCUUCAACAUGUUCAUCCAUGACCACCGCUGAAUAUCUUUCACGCUCACAUUUCUGACACCUGCAGAAAGUAAAAGGGGAAUAAUACUUUGUGUCUCAGCUGGUCCAGUCUCAGGACAGACCACCACCUUUUCAGAACAAACCCAGACCCAGAUUAAUCUGAUGUUACAGUGGCAAUAUUGAAUCAAAAUUGAACAGUGCUUUAGAUUAUGCUGUUUUUUAGGGUGGGACACAACUUGGGAUGUUCUACGGCAACUUAUUUCCUCAUCCUCUGAAAUGACACAUCAGUUGUUUUCCUCAAAUCUCUGGCUGAUCGGUUUAUCUCAUGUGUUUUUUUUUUCUUGUGUUUACUGUUUGCCCGCACAAACCUGUGUGUUUGUGUGCAUCUGCUUGUGCGUGUACCGCCACCUCCCAUCCUAUGCCUGGUUGAAUGCUGUGUAACCAUUCCAGCGUGAGAUCACUGUGAGGUAUGACUGCUGCUUCUUUUGUCAAUAUCUCUUUUUUUAUCUACCAUUUACUCUUUUCUUUUUGCUGUUAUCCUCUCCUCUCCAUUUAAAAACAAAGACAAGUUUAAUCUUGUCUUUUUAUGUUUAUGUUUCAAUUUUUACUUCAUUGUAAGUUUUGACUUAAUUUUGAUGAAAAUACUCUUAACGACUGACUUUCACUUACACUGUUGUUAAAAACUGAAGGAUCUGAGCUCCUACACGUCUUUUCACAGGCUGCAGAUCCAACGUAUCAUUCAGCCUUUUCAAACCUGCAUUUGUAUCAUGUCAGGAAGUAGGAUAACAUUUUAUAAUACAUCACCUGUAGCCUGCCAGUCUUUCACCAAUGUGAUUGCUGCAGAAAAUAUUGCAGCCCCUGUCCUAGGGCUGGGCGAUAUGGCCUUAAAUCAGUAUCACAAUAUAUUGAGCAGUUCACCUCGAUAAUGAUAAAUGGACGAAAACUACUCCACAAGCUGUUCACCCCCUCCCACAUUUACUUCGUCUACUUCAGCCGCCGCUCCAAAACUACAACUUUCCUCUAUCUCCUCACCUUCGAGAUCUGAAUGAGCCGUAAACUUUGAAACAUUCUGUCACUUCUGGGCUUCUUAUCGUCAAGUUGGCCUAUGACAUUUUUUCUACCAGCCUACCCUUAUUUUGACCAGCUCUAACUGUUGCUGACAUAAAAAGAAUUCUCAAUUGCAGUAAUUCACUAAAUAUUUAAAAUCUGGAAAGCAAACUCUUCAAAAUGUGGUUGUACUGACAAAUGUGGCAUUAAAAUGUGGCCAUGGCUACCUAAUUAGGGAUUUUACACACAAGAUGUCCCUCUAGACCACCCCACUGGGCUACCGUCCUUCCCUGACUGACUUCUCCUUAUAUGUAGGGCUGGGCGAUAUGGCCUCAAAUGAAUAUCACGAUAUAUUGAGCAGUUCACCUCGAUAACGAUAAAUGGACGAAAACUACUCCAUAAGCUGCUCACCCCCUCCCACAUUUACUUCGUCUACUUCAGCUGCCGCUCCAGCUGCUACAACUUUUAAAAUGUCCUCCAUCUCCUCACCUGUCUUUCCCUCUUUGUUACAAACUGGAUGGGGUGGAGUCACAUCUCCGACAUAGGACAGCGUCUUAAAGGGACAUGAGACCAUAGCCUACCUAAACACAUUCAAAACCAACUUUUAUUGAUUGAUUUAUUCUGACACAGAAUAUAUUGACAUGGGCAAAAUGACGUUGGUUAUUGUCGGAAACAUUGAGUAUCAGUAAAUUUUCGGUUUAUCGCCCAGCCCUACCCUGUCCCGAAGCUUUCCAGACACACAGAUACAUUAUGCACAAAUCUGCCCCUUCCUUUUCCUCUCCCUCCUCUCCCCUCUCUCCUCUCUUCUCCUAAUGAUAUUAAAAUAAGAGCUCUUGCAGUCUUUAUCCUUGCGCUGAUCAACAUAUUCUACCUGCUCAGCUCAAGAUUAUUCGCAGAGUGAGCAGCUGAAGAGCCAUAUACUGUAUAUGUCCCUGAGAUAUUGGUUGAUAGCCUAAAAGAGGACCAGAGAUCGACUACUUUGGCACUCACACUGUGCAGAAACACACUCUGAACAAACACCUGUAUGAAACACUCACAGGUGUGUCAAAUAGCACAUCCUCAUAAAAAGUAAUGACUUUAAAAUUUCACAUCAGUUCUUCUGUCUGGUCAGGUAGCUCACACUGGUCCAAAAGCUGUUUGUUAGCUUCCUGCAGCGCACCUGUCUGAGCAGUAAAGAGUGACUAACCUGCACUUUCAGCUCCUAAAGUGGCCUGUUAGAGUGUGAAUGAAUGGAGCCACGUGAAGUGAACCCACUUUAAAAACAAAUUGAAUUGAGCUCACUCCUCCAAGUAUUUGCUUAGUGUUGCACAGCGGUGAUGUAGUGGAGCUGUUUCUCUGCUCUAAUGCUGUUUCUCUCUCUCUCCUAUUCUUUUUUUCUCCUCCUUCCUUUGUUUUUUAAUUCCCCUCCUGUAUUUUGUUUUUCAUUUCCUCCCUCAUUUUCUUCUUCACUUAAACUCAACAAAUGAAUAUCUGUCACCUUCUUCAGAGGAAGCUCCGCUGGGAUAUGUGAGGCUCGCCUUGUGCAUCCUCUUUUGUUGGAGUUUUGUAGAUGUGAUGAUGCACUCUGCUCUGUGCUGUAGGCUGUGUCAAACAAAAAAGCUUACAUGCUUGUUUGUUCGCUUUGAUGCCUUUCAGGACCAAAAUCACGGACACUCUUUAAACUUGAUUCAGCAAAAAAAAGCAUAAAAAUGACUUGCAGCAGUAGCAAAACAAAAGCAUGCUUUAUUUAUACAUGUUGAGACAGAGCAUGCAGAACAAAACAACAUGCUCUGUUAAUGAUAAAUGGCAGCAAAAGAACCGACUGAGUUUGUUUUACUGCUUCUUUACAAUACGCAUGUGUUUGAAAAUGUGCAAAUUUUCUGCAUUACUUGUUUCGCAUUAAGAUGAUUGCACAGACUGACUGAGUUGAUCUGAAAUGUAAAAUGUUUGCCUGGCAAGAGUAUCCCAGAAUGCCUUGCUACUUGUGCUGUUAUUUUUUUUUGGCAACAAGUUCUGCAGACACCAGCUAUCGUCAGCUUUACAAGCAGCAGUGAAAUUUAAAGGGAUAUUCUGGCGUAAAAUUAAUUUAGGGUCAAAACACACUGUAACACCAAGUUAGACGCCCCGUUGAGAGAUAAAUGUUGCCGACUGCUUGCUUCUCUAGUUGUACCUAGUUUAGUAACGACCAAACGAUAGUGAUACAGAGAGCCACGCGCUCAACCAAAAAGCCUCUAUAGCCACAAAUGAUGCUCAGAACAGCACCUAACUUCAUCAACAUAUAGGGUCCAAGCCACAGUACUAGCCAGCAAAAAUAUUUUUAACUUUGCCUGAUUUCUUUAGCAAAGAGACUAAACACAACUCAUCCACGCUCCUCCAGCAGCCGCUUGUUUGUAGUGAGACCUCAAACAGUCCGUUACCGAUUGCAGCGGGGUGACGCAGCUCAAGGAAGAACAUUUAUGAUAAUUUCUUCAUGGAAAUGCAAUCAGACUGAGACGCUAAGGCAGAAGAACUACCACGUCUGCAGUGCAAAAUGAUUAAUAUGGUGUUUAUUACUUCAAGGAAAUGAUAAAGUAAUGAUCAGAAAUGUUCUUUCUUGAGCUGCGUCACCCUGCUGCAGUCGAUGGACUCGCCCAGAGGGCUCCAUACAAACAAGCAGCUGCUGGGAGAGAGUGGUUAAGUUGUGUUUAGUCUCUUUGACUAAAGAAAUCAGGCAAAGUUAAAAAGAUGUUAGGUGGUUAGUGCUGUGGAUGGGACCCUACAUGUACUGUUGAUGAAGAUAUGUGCUGUUCUGAGCAUUAUUUGUGGCUAUAGAGUGGCUUUUUGGUUGAGGUUUGUGCGUGGAGACAUAGACCGCUGUGUAUCGCUAUCAUGCAGUUGUUACUAAAGUUGGUCUAACUAGAGAAGCAAGCAGUCGGCAACAGUCAUCUCUCGAGGGGGUGUCUAACUCUGUGUUACGGUGUGUUUGACCCUAAAUUAAUUUUACGCCAGAAUAUCCCUUUAAGCUAACAGCAGAUGAUCUAACAUCAGAGCCCAGAACCCGUUCAAGGAAAAACUACAAAACCAUAUCUACAAAUGUGUAUAAAUGUCAGUGGCAAUUUGUUAAAAUAGGAAUAUUAGUAAUAAGUAAAAAGAACUGGGCCAAAAGCAGACCCUUGUGGUACACCUUUGAUUAUAAUCUCAUUUUGUAGUGAAUGGACACUACUUCUUCAAACUAAUACAUGUAUUUUCAUGAGUCACAAUUGUCUGGAUGUUGGUAGACAGUUGUCCAGUAAGAUCAAAUAAAGUCAUUUUCUAAAAAGGCUCAUUAGAUAUUUAACAAACUCAGGAAGAUACUUGAUAACAAAGAUCGACUAGAAAUCUACUCCCUGCUGUUAGAUUAUGUAGGUGUCAUUCUUUCACUGGUCCCUCUGAAUCUGUAUCUUUGCAUGUUUGAUGUUGGCAGGUCAGCUCUGGCCUCAGCUCAUCAAGGUCAGCCUUUACCCAAAACCCUCAGCGUGAUGGAGAGCACGCCACAGGUCCGCGGCAUGCACACUAUCAUCAGGUCAGAAUUCACACUCAUGAGCAUCCGCACCCAGACUUGAUCUAAAGCGGCAGAGGUGGAGUUAUUAUCCUGUAAUAGUUACUCCUUAUUAUGACUGGAGCGCUGUCAGUGACACAAUCUCUAUCACGUUUCCUCCUGACCUCUGUGUGUCCGUGUAGGAACAAGGAGACGAACAGGGAUGAGUUUAUCUUCUACUCCAAAAGAUUAAUGAGGCUACUGAUUGAACAUGCCCUCUCCUUCUUGCCUCUCAAGGUGAGUUUUUUACUAUGACAGAGCCAUGAUAAAAUGGAUCACUGCUUCCAUUUUGGACUAAUUACCAGGUGUGAAAAGGAUUUUCUUCACUUUUUAAGAAAUAUCUUUAAGUUUCUUUUGCAAACACCAGGUGUAAUUAUUGCUCUACGUCCUUUCUUCUCCAGCCCGUGUCCGUGGAGACGCCUCAAGGUGGCAUCUAUAACGGCAAGAGGCUGAGCGGCAAAAGAGUAAGUCUGUGUCCUUGAUUUGGGUUUUUACCAUCAAGGUCCAGUCCAUGUUUAAUUUAUGAGCAUCUAUUACCAAGCUCCCCUCAUGAAUGGAUGGUAUAUGGUGACGUAGGGCUUCUGCAGAUGACCGCAUUGAUCAAAAUAAACUGUAAACAUGGUGAAAACAUUGAAUUCCAUUUGUGUGCGGUUUUCAGAUCACAGGUGUGUCCAUCCUGAGAGCAGGAGAGACCAUGGAGCAAGCUCUGAUGGCCGUGUGUAAGGACAUCAGGCUGGGAAAGAUCCUCAUCCAGACUAAUCAUGAUACAGGGGAACCAGAGGCAUGUCGGACUUAGUACUAUAAUCUGUUCUUGUGUUAACUUAUUAACAUACAGCCAUGAAAUUUCUAAUGAAGUAGUCAAAUCAGGCAGAUCUGCUCAUACAGUCUAAGAACAACUCUCCUUGACUGAAGAGACUCAACUAAAGUCCUGAUAAGAAGAACACUAACAAGAUAAAAUACAAGAUAAAAUAUGAGAAUAAGACAAAAUAAGACUGUCCUCUCUCCUUCCUCUAGCUUCACUACCUCCGCCUGCCUAAAGACAUCACUGAAGACUACGUCAUCCUGAUGGACAGCACUGUGUCCACUGGAGCUGCAGCUCUCAUGGCCGUCAGAGUGCUGCUGGUACGUCCACACAAUCAUGUAAAAACACUGUCUGAUGGAUGUCUGUUAGUUGACGUAGUUUCCUGUUAGUUUGCUGGAAAACUCCACAUUUGCAUCAACAAAUUUAACGACUCAGAGUACAUUUUCUCAUUUAACUCCAGUAGAGACGAUUGGAUUUAAACUUGGAUCUGGUUUUGUGAUGGUAUUCUGAUGCUUCCUGCAACCUGUGACCACAGAUACUUGAUUAGUUAAUUAAUCAAUGUCUGUGUUUAUCUUUCAGCUUCUAGAUAACACAACUUUGGUUUUUGUUCACUUUAACAAAACCUUAAUUUAAACCAACACCUCAGAUUGUGGAUUUCCUUUCUGAUCCCCCUUUAAAAUCUGCUCCAGGUCAUUCCCAAAACAUCGAAUUUUAGUGUCCUCGGUAAGACAGUGAAUCUCAGAAAAUGAGACACAGACUAAAUAUCAUUCAUGUUUCAAAAAGAACAAUUCAGGUCCCAAGACUGACCCCUGUGGAAUACCACAGAUCACUUUUUUAUACUGUAGUGACACCAAAUUUAAAACUGAUCUACUUUUGACAGUUUAUAUGUGGCUUUGAUUUUUGAUUUGAACAGUCAAACUUUAACAAACAUCCAAAAGACAGUGAUAUGUAGGAGAGAAAAAAAUCAUCACAUCAUCGUGUUUGAUUAGCUUGAACCUCUACAAAAACAAAUCCUUUACUCCAUCCUCAAUUUUCCCCUUUAGGAUCAUGAUGUAGCAGAGGACAAGAUCUUCCUGUUGUCCCUCUUGAUGGCGGAGAUGGGGGUCCACUCGGUGGCGUACGCCUUCCCUAAAGUACGCAUCAUCACCACCGCCGUGGACAAGGAGGUCAAUGACCAGUUCCACAUUAUUCCAGGAAUCGGUGAGGGAGAAACAUUACGUCUCUUUGGUUAAUAAAGAGAUGUGUUUUAUGUUAGAGGAGGAGUGUUUCCAGUAAACCAAAGCAAUGACACCUCUGAGUUUAAAAGAGAAAUAAGUGAACAUCUCGCCAACCGACCUUGCAGAGCUGUUAGAGCUAAACAGCUCGGUUAUGUACGCCAGAGUCAGCCAGGACAAAACUUUAUGUAUUAUCCUCCUGAACCUUUAUUGGCAGGCUGUGAAGGGCAAUAAGAAAAUGUGAUGCAUGAAUCUAUCAGAGGAGGUGAUAAAUGAUAAAUCAACACUGAAUCACACUGAGCAGGAAGAUGCUGCUGCUGCGGCUCCUCUCUGUGGGUCUUAAAUGUUCAACAUGCUGCAACGGCUGAAAGGAUUAGACAUGCGCUGGUUCAUCUCACUUUAAAAGAUUCAGCCAUCAACCAUAAGUUUUGGAUGAAGAUUUAGCUUCAAAAACCCUUUUUUAGAAACCAGUGAGAGACAGUUAUAUUAGCAAAGCUGUCAGAGCGUCACAGAAGUCACAAUGCUGCCUCCCAAAUCUGACAGAAACGGUGUAAAAUUAUAAAUAAAUAGACAACAAGCUGAUUGUUUUUAUCAAGAAGAAUAUGAGCAGAUAGUGUUCUGGUGAAAGACGCUCAGUUCAGGCAGCUUUGAGUGGAGAAGUUUAAACCAGGAGAAGGGGAACAGGACACAUGGAAACAAAGUAGUGAUCAGCAGAGUGAUGCUAGGACAAAAGAUGUAAAAGGUCAGCCUGACACCUACAUAGCUCAGUGAUUUCCCAUUACACUACAUCCAUUUAUUAAACACUCUGUACUUCCUCUUGUAAAGGAAUGAAUUCGUGUUUCAGAUUUAAUUAAAUAGCUCCCAAGAUUCAAAGGUUGGUAACUUUAUCUGUUAGUCUCCCGGUGGAAUUGAGCAUUAGUGAUGUUAAACUAGAUAUUUUCAUUCAGGGUAAAGUCAAAGCACUUGUAUUUUUUCUGUUUGUAGUUCGAGUUGCUACAUUAAACAGACCCUGAUUUGGGUCUAUUGCUCUCUAACUUCUCAAGUCUGUUGACCUUUUACUUCCCGCUGCCAGAGCCCACAUUAUGUUCUGUUUUGUUCAAUUCAGCUGAUGUCUCCUUCAAUUUGCUUCUUUUUAUUCCUGUGUCCUCUCUUCUCCCCCUGCUCACCCUGUUUUUAAAGCCCCAUCCUGUUCAGUCACUUGGAGAGAAGAAGCACCAUAUAUUCACCUGUUAUCUUUCUGUUUACGAAGGUAAUUUUGGAGAUCGUUACUUUGGCACCGAUGCUCCGUCAGACUGGUGCGAGAGCGAUGAGGGGAUGGACUUCUGAGGAGAGAGUUCUUCGCGGGAUGUGCGGGACUGUUACAAAAAGUACUUAGAGCUGUGAAAGCAGUGAAAACAGACACUCCUCGCAGGAUUCAAACGCUCCAUCAACAUCCUCCUGAUCAAAAAGGUGAUCCUGUAAUCGCUGCUACCUGCUCACCUGAGAGGGACGAGUGUGUGGUUACAUGAGCGCAAGUUACCCACUAUUAUUCUGAAUAUGGAAGAGGUCAAGUACGCAGCAGAUUGCAUUUGGAUAUCCUGAAUUUGACUAGAUUUAGAUCAAAAUAUUCCAGAUAUUUGCCUAAUCGAAGCAUUAUGCACACAUCAGUUUGGGGCUGAAGCAAACUUUGCAACACAAGACCUCUUGCUUCUAUGCAAAGCCAGAAAACCAACUGAAGGUAUUGGAGAGUUCAUGGCUGCAUAGAAUCGUUUUUUUACAAGCCAUGAACUUUGUGGAUUGGGGAUAAAGUUUUCUUCAGGGUGAGGGCUUCACCAAAAUAGCUGGUUUGUGUAUGAGAGUGCUUUCACACACGUGCAAGCUCAUGAAGAUUUUCCAAAAAUGUGUAAUGACGAUAUAGGUCUUUGUAACCUGGUAGUUAGAAUUCAUCCUUGGGCAAGCAAUGUGAAAGAGGCUGAAGAGACCUCAUCUGCUGCUACUGGGUGUUGUCAUUAUGUUUAAGCAUGUCAGCCAUAUUGAGGUGUGUAGUAUCAGCUUAUAAACUUUUACAGUGUGUUUCUGAGGUGCAACAUGCUUUGGAGAUGUGGCUUAAAGCACUCAUUUCGAGUUAUCUUAAUCCUCAGCUUUGGUGAUAUCCUCCAAGAGUGAAGAUAUCCUCAUGUAUAAUAUCAUAUCAAAGCAGCGUGCUCUUUUCAAUGCACUGUUUUGUUUAUUAAGCCUCAGACAGCACACGCUAUGAGGUUUUAAAAUCAAUGAUUUAAUCCACUUGUUCAUUUUCAGAAGGUUGUGCAGCUCAACUUAGAUACUUGAAUAUGAUUUGGAUGAUGCUGCUGUUGGUAUGUUCUUGUCCCUGAGGUUUAGGAGGAAAUGUUUUUGGGUCCUUUUACUGUCUUAAUUUUUGAGUGUCCUUUCAGGAGUUUGCACAGUAAAGGCUCAUUCUCUUCAUAAAAUAGACAUUGUAGAAAAAUAAUAGUUGAGAAAGAAAAUCUGAAGCUAAAGAGGAAUGAUCUUUUGUAAUCCGUGCAAUCAAGCCCUUAUUUCAUUCCUGAUCAGUGCAUCCAGACAUUUCUUUUGCACAAAGGCGCAGCAGUAAAACUGAAUAAAACCUGAUUUUUCAAGUAGAUUCUGUAUAGAUAAUUCUAGGAGGAAUCUAAGCUAACAGGUUGAUGUUUUGUCAUUUUUAGAGUUAGAUGUAUAGUUAGUUUGUAUUGUCUUUUUUACGUUAUAUUUUUAGCUUGAAGUUUUCGUAAGAGUUAUAGUUGUUACAGCUUUGCUUUGCCAAUAAAGCUUCAGCUUUCUGUACUGUACAAUAAUUUAAUCUCAGGCAAAGAACCAGGAAUUAUACUUGAAGAAGAUUGAGCGAUGAAUGAGGGAAACAAUCAAACAUGGUAGCUUAUUUUUAUGUUAUAUUUGUCUUUUAAAUGUCAGUGCUGUGUUUAUGUGCUGCCAUUGCUUAAUCUGCACUUGUAUUAAUUCACCAUCGUUCAAAGUUAAAGGACUAACCUGCAACAUCUGGUCGUUGUGUUUGUUUAUAUCGUACCCUGUUGCUAGGUUACAAAGGUUGUCUCGAGCCACUUCAGCUUCUGGUUUUCGCAUCGGCAACCGUUUCGUCCGGUUUAAAAAAACAUGUACAGUAAAUGUAUGCUGAAAUCGUCUUACACUGUACAAAAAAAGUUGUAAAAAGAAAAAUGAAAAUCCUCGAAAAAGCGAGUUUGGUUAGUCUGCAGUUCGCCGCCCCUGUCCACAAUAUUAAUAUACAAAGUCCCGCCCCCUUCUUGGUUUUGACUGGUCGGGUAGAUGUGAUGUAAGACAUUUAGUUAUUUAGAUUUUUGAUGAAAAUAAACUUGAAACACGGUGUACACAAUCCUUUAAUUAAGAUUGUUAUGGUGUGGUCUGUUACAGGCUGUAUUUAAACUGCUGUUGUAUUGAUCCGUGAUUAUAAACGAUAAUCUAAUCAGGAAAAAAGACAAAACCAAAUAUCACCAGCUCCUCAUGUUUGGGGUUUGACGAAAAAAAAACAUAACUAUAGAACAAGUAUAAUCACUCAAAGGUACACAUAGAUGUACUUUUUCAGUGGCUAACAGCAGUAUUUCAUUAACUGCAUAACCUGUUGACAAUAUGCAGAAAUUGUUCAGUUUUGAGGAGUUUACUCAUAAUGUUUUUUUGGUUUGUUUUUGAUGCUUUUUGCAGCUAUUUUUAAAUAGUUUUAUUUAUUUAUUCUGCUACAUGUAUUUUUUUUUUAUUUGGCAAAUUACAGCCAGCUGUCUUUGCCACUUAAAGUUUGAUUAUUAAUUCACUGUAGUUCUGCAAACGUCCAAAUCAGACGAGUCUUUUUCAUUUAAUUUUGUUUAUCUGUCUUUAACAGGACAAGCCAAGUUGAACUGAGGAUGUCCAUUAAGGCCACUAGUUUAGACUUAUCAUGCUGUACAGCUGGAUGUGUUCGAUAGAUCCACUUUUACUGCGUGUUUGUAUGUGAAAGCCUACUAUAAUUACAGAGUACAAUCUCAGACUGCUCUGUAUGUGUCAUCAGAUAACUGUGGUUUUGAUCUGGCGGUAUAUGAAUAAAAAUAACCUCUCGACUGCAUUAUUUGUCAGAAGUUUUAUGAGUUAUUUCUCAAUCAAAGCUACAACUUCUUACCAGAUUUAGUGAAAAUUAGGCAGGAAGCUUUUCUAUAAAUCUGUUGCUACAAAAUAGGAAGAAAUCUCUGGAU